UAUAAUCUUAUAUUUGAAAACUAGUACUCAAAAUAUGGAAAAUAAUAGCCCUGAAGACCUAAAAGAAAAAUGGAGAGGCAUCUCGAUUGGAUUAGUUAAUGAUGCUGCUAAUACAUUGUCUGAAACAGUUGCCUUUUUAGAAAGAAGUAAAGGAAUUAUUAGACCCUACAACUCCCAAACAGUAAAACGUUUAAAGCGCAGGAUAAAAAGACGAAGUAAAUUGCCGGAACGAAACAUUUUCAUGAUUGUCAGCAGCAUCAUAUAUGCUCAGUACUUCAUUUGUCCACCUCCAUUUAUUCAAGUAGAGAAUCCCUUUAGACAUCACAUCUACUACGUAUCUACUGUUGAUGCAGCUAGAACAAGAGCUUUACAAUUGAUAGAAAAUCGAACACAUCUAUUAUAUUAUGAAAAUGCAAUAAACCUAUCCAUGCUCCUCAACUCCUCAUUGCCUACCUCUAUAAAUGCUGUCGGUUUUGAAGAACCUAAACGCAAACCAAUAAAAGGGAACAUUUGCCAAACAUAUGCAAAUUCAUAUCAUAUUGUAUUUCCAUAUCAAUUUUUGCAACCUGAAGUAUUCAAUAUUGUCGACAUUCCAGCUUUAAAUGUUCCUAUUACUUUCGAAGAUCUUAGAACAAUGAAUGAAUUUGAUUUUAAAUUACCUAUGGGUGUGCCAAUUCUUAAAGAAGUAGGCUUGCGAUUUGUUGUUCUCACAAUUUUGCUACCAGUACAAUAUUUGUUAGAUAUGGUUUUUUCGAGAGAAGCUGUUGGAAAAGUAAGUCUUCAUCAAGAAGAAUCAAUUAACUGUGGAGUUUUACCUGACCUUUUGUUCACUUUAAAAACUAAAACUUUAUUUUACUUUGUUCCGAUUGAACUUAAAUCCGGGUCAUUCAAUAAUAUUAUCGAGGCUGCUAAAAUUGGUGAUCUAGAGAAUAUGGCUGCAUUAGCAGCACAAUGCUGCUCGCAGGCUUUCACCACCUACAGCCCGAUAUCAAUUUUAAUGAAUGAAAGUUAUAUUAUGGUAUUUGAAAUACUAUUUGAAGGUGAACAAGGUCAAAAUGAAUUCGAAUAUUAUAACCAAUAUAUUAAUGAUUUACCACCCCAACAGCCUGAUCUUUUAAAUUAUAGAUACGGAAACUUCCAAGUAACUUUGUACGAUCAUACGAAUGGUACAAAUUCUCUAGCAUCUAUAAUUCUUAAGCUUGUAUACGUGAGAUUUCGGAAUGCUAACAUCAGUAUAACGCGUGCAAUCAAUCGAAUUUGGCUGUCAUACGCAAAAUCGGAAGACAUUCGUCAAUACAGACAAGAAACAUCAAUUUUCGGAACCAAUAAAAUUUUCCAACCAGACCAAGAUAUGAUAAGAAAUAUUAACAUAGAUUGAGAAAAGUAAGAGGGGAUUUAAAAACAAUUUAGAUUUAUAUAGAGCAUACAAUAUACAUAAUAAUAAACAUAUUUAACGAGAAGAAAAGGAAUUCACUCACUUGAAUAACUUCAACCUAAACAUCGAACCAAAUAUUUGACCUAGAUGGUCUAUUUCUAUGCCAAUUACACCAAGGUCGGAUUAAUUUUAGCCAGUGUUGUAAGCGAAUAUUCCCUGUGCAGGUCACAUAAUGUCGUGGAUUAACC